AUGGAAAAUGAUGGGCAAGGUAACUUCAAACUAACAGAUGUACGAUCUCCAAAUGACUGGGAACACGCUGACUUGGGUUCUAAAGACCGAAACAUAAAGUUCUUAAAAUUAAUGGGAGGAAAUCCUGUACGUGACCAUAAAGGAAAACUAGUAAUCGGAGAAAACAUCGAUAACGUGCACGGUCAAAAUAAAGAUACAUCUGUUAUCAAUGAAGAGCUAGAAAAUCAGUACCUUCAGGGUUUGGAAAAGAGUAUGCAACCAAAUUGUCACCAUGGUUUAGGAAGCCAUACAAAUUCCUCGUCCAACCCAGUGGACAUUUUGGAUUAUACCAACACAGAAAAACUUAAGCAACAAUAUAAAUCAUCAUUUAUCUCGGGAAAGGAUUCUUAA